AUGCCCAGCACUCAGGCGGAGCCAAGGCCGUGCAGAUGGCAUUUGGUCAGCGUCGUGGGGAACGGAACGGAGCGACAUCGAGAUCUUGUAUCAACCAACGAAUUGGCUGUCUUCAAAGCAACCACACCAGUCCAGACUGUCGUUGAUGUGUUCGCGAUCCUCGCCACGUAUUCGAUCUGGCCUGGCUCCGUCGUUCCACCGGACUGUGCGACAGUGCAGACGUCCGCUCCGUGGUCCUCUCACGUUUUGCUUGGUGCGCCCCCGACAUGCGAUUGGGCGCUGUCAGAGAGCAGGAGUUGCGAGGCGCUGUCAGAGAGCAGGAGUCGCGAGGCCCAGCAAAACGCUGCUCGGAAGGUUGGGCCGAGACUGGUCUCUGGAGGCGCACGAUCGCUCCCUCUGACAGCGGCCUCGUGCUCGCGGGGUCUGGAGACGACCAUUCCAACACACCUGUCCUCAGAAAGAGCCGUCGACAGCGCAAGGCGGAGCGGUCCCGAAGAAGGAAACGCAGAGUUGCCAGAUGGUGAAGCUGAAUCGCAUGCGCACAGCCUCUGCCCUGUCGAGAAAACUUCAUGUUCGUGGGUUUCCAGCCAGCAUGCGUUUGACCACCUAGCGCUGAUCCGCUGGUACUCCCGGGAUGCCUCCCAGAUCGGAAGUCUGCACGGACUGGACCCUGGGCCGGAAACUGCCCAGACUGAGAGAAACAAUUCGCAUCCCCUCAAAUAUGCAGAACUGCCCUCUGCGUACACAACAGACGACAUUCCCGUCGUUCCCACAUCAGGUCGAUCGAUUCCCCUUUCGUUUCCUACCAUGUCCUAUUUAAGCGAGGUUCUUGAGCGCAUUGGGCUCUCGACCUAUCUCCAGACCUUGUGCGUGAACGGGUUCCAAGACUGGGAAACCGUGGUUGAUAUCACGGAAGAGGAUCUGACGGCACUUGAAUUCAAGCUUGGCCACCGACGAGCUUUGCAGCGAGAAAUUGCCACCUGGCGAGGAAUACCGCAAACGCUAUCCUUGAAGCCAGAAGCUGCUUCGCCUGAGCUGACCUCUCUCUCCACAUCUGCAUUAGAGACGUUGGCAAGACAGCAAUCUACACCGCCGCCACGGGAGAAGAGGAGAUACAGACGCCAUCCCAGAGCAGACGCUAACGCACCCAAGAAGCCCAAGACAGCCUACGUAAAUUUUGCAGACCAGCUACGUACAGAUCCUCAGGUCAGCCAGCUCAGCUUCGUACACAUCGCAAGAGAGGUUGGCCGAAGGUGGCAAGAACUCUCCCCCGAGCAGAAGCGUGUCUGGGAGAGCAACGCCGCACGAGCUAUGCAGGAGUAUGAAUCCAAAAUGGACGAGUACAAGAAGACGGAUGACUGGCGGACCUACCAAGCCUACUUGAAUGACUUCAGGGCACAGCAGUCUCAGCCUACCGCCGGAAGGCGGAGUGUUGGCGUCCGCACAAUCUCCCACAGCACUAGAGAACAUUCGCGAGCAAGCCCUGAAUUGCCGGAGAGCCCCGGCUCUUCGCUGCCGUCCUCUGCUUCGUCAUGUACGACUAACGCCGAGUUGUGCCACAACGCUCUAACAUUGGCCUUCAGCGAGCUGAUAUCGCUGAGAGGAGAGAUCCUCAACCAGGCCAUACAAACGUACGAUGAGGACCAUCUGCCGUCCGAAGAGCUAACAAGACGAUCGAUAUAUGCAUUCAUCCGAGGAACCGGCUCACUGCUUUUCAUGUGGACCUACGAGCAGGCGGACGAAAUCCUCAAUCGCGUCUACAGGCCGAAGCAUAAGAUAGACGCCAUGGAUCUUGCCGAGUGUUUUACCAUUGCUGCAAUGGGCGCCCACUACGACAUGGACUGUUUUCCGGAUCGGAUACGCAAGAUUCUUUACGCGUCUGGGACUCUCCACUUUCACGAGAGGACGGCAAGGACCGACUACCUCCGCACGAUGCGCUUGCUCUUAUCCAUGUCCUUUUACGCACUACUCGAAAAGCACAUGAGUGCCAGAUAUCUGAUCGCUGCCGGCCUGCAGAUAGCACGCUGGAUGUGCCCACCCCUGCACCGCACGUCUACAGGCGUCGUGGACGAGAACUGGCGCAAGAUCCACCGAAGCCUGAUGUUCAUGGACAGCUGGCUUUCCUACACGCUUGGCUACAGCUCAGAAGUUACCCCGCAGGAUGUCUCGGUACGCGUGAGCUUCAACAACGACUACCGUUUGUCUGACCGGCAGCAGGCUGCUUGUACCCCUGAUCGGCUGGCCUCUGACACGAUUGACGAGCUGAUCCAUACGCAAACAAGCAAAGUUGGCUUAAUAGCAGCUGAGAUUGCAAAAACUCUGGCUGCACCCGAGCUUGCCACUCGCGAGAACGUAGACAUGCUCACACGGAAACUGGAGAUCUGGCGGACAGAAGUACCGUUGAUUCUCCAACUUCCGACUCUGACUUCAGAGGUCCCGUCUGAACUGUCGCUAUACCAGAGGCGGGCUAUUCUGAUGGUUCACAUCAUGUAUCUGGGUGCUGUCGUUCUCGUUUACCGCCAAUUGCUCGUAGCGACCGCGGAGAGUCAGCUCACGGACGGCGCCGCCAAGAAACUCGGUUACUCUAGCCACGAUGCGCGGGGUUUUCGAAACGAAUGUGCAAUAGCAGCCUCGACCAUAGCACGGAUUCUGCGGCUGAUAGCGUUCGACGGCACGUUGACCAGGCGUUGCUGGCUGGUUAUCUACUGGGCUUUUACGGCUGCCAUUGUCCUCCUCCACAGUGCAUCGACCAAGCUUCUGGACGGCCAAUGCGAUGGCGUCGAGCUGGAUCUAGGCUUCGCCAAAGAAUGCAUGGACAUGUUGGAGCCUUGUCGCAGCCUCGAACCCGUCGCAGCUCGAUAUCUCGACACCCUUUGGCCGCUGUAUGAUUCCCUUCGCGACAUGCACCAGCGUAUGGUGGGCCGCGCGAAAACCAGCUUCUCCUACCUCCUGCAAGCAGAUCCCAACCAACUAAGCCCGCCCAUCCCUCUGUCGAAGCACGAAAUGGGCCCCGUUUCCGAAAAGCUCUCUGUGUUGCUGACUGAUCCUUUUGGUCGCAAGCAAAACUUUGCAGCCGAUGGAAGCAUGAGGCGUGCGCUGAAUGCUGACGGUUCUUGCUCCGUUUUCUGGUGGAAGUGA